AUGUCCAUCGUCCCCGCCUACGCGUCCUACCAGUACAUGCGCGUGACCUCGCCCGCCGAGCACGUCGCCCACGUCGAGAUCAACAACCCGAAGCGGCUUAACGCCUUCUCGCAGGCCGUCUGGCUCGAGUACGGCAAGGUCUUUGAGCAGAUCAGCGCCGACUCGCAGUUCCGCGUCGCCAUCCUGAGCGGCGUGGGCGACCGCGCCUUCACGUCCGGGCUCGACGUCAAGGCCGCGGCCGCCGACUCCCCGCUGACGACGGCCGAGGGCGACGAGGUGCGCCGGGCCAAGCUCCUGCGCAAUCACAUUGAAGAGUUUCAGACGAGCAUCUCUGCCAUGGAGAAGUGCGAGAAGCCCGUCAUUGCGGUCCUUCACGACGUUGCCAUCGGCCUCGCCAUCGACAUUGCCACCUGCGCCGACAUCCGCAUCUGCUCGGCCAAGACGCGCUUCGCCGUCAAGGAGGUGGACAUUGGGCUGGCCGCCGACAUUGGCACCCUGGCGCGGCUGCCCAAGGUGGUCGGGUCGCUGUCCUGGGUCAAGGACGUGUGCAUGACGGCGCGCGACUUCACGCCGGCCGAGGCGCUGGCGCAGGGCUUCGUGAGCCAGGUGCACCCGGACAAGGCCGCGGCCGUCGCGGCGGCGGUCGACCUGGCGUCGCUGCUGGCGUCCAAGAGCCCCGUCGCGGUGCAGGGCACCAAGGAGCUGCUCAACUACGGCAAGGAGCACUCGGUGGCUGACAGCUUGCGGUACACGCAGGUGUGGAACUCGGUGGCGCUGCAGGGCGAGGACUUUGUGACGGCCAUGAUGAGCAGCAUGCAGAAGAAAAAGCCCGUGUUUUCCAAGUUGUAA